AUGGUUGCACUUGGUAUCACUGGACCUAACGGUGCGCCACCAGGAUGGGAGAAAGAGAUCGUGCUAGUUGGUCAUCCUUCCUUCGCGCAAGGUUUUACCUCCGUUCUUAAUAUCGCUUUCGCGUAUGCCGGCAACCAGGCAUUCGUUACAGUGAUGGCAGAGAUGCAAGACCCGUCAAUAGACUUCAUGCCUUCGGUAUUCAUUCUACAGGGCUUCGCAAUACCCAUGUAUACGACCGUUGGAAUAGUAGUUUAUGCAUUAGCGGGACAAUAUACUACCAGUCCUGCACUCGGAGCAGCAUCCAUCAUCACAGCUAAGAUCGCGUAUGGUCUUCUCCUACCUACGCUACUUGGAACAUCGCUGGUGUUUGGCCAUACAUCGAUCAGAUACAUGUUCAUCGAGUGGUUACGCUUCAUGGGCAGAGAGAGCGAGUACAGCCAAAACACCAGGCAGACCUGGGUAAUGUGGCUCGGUAUUGGCGCCACUUUCUGGACCCUUGUGUUCCUUCUCGCAAACGCCAUACCACUCUUCCAUUCGAUCCUGUCGGUGUCGGCCGCGCUCUUCGUCUCCUGGUUUACGUUUGGGAUAUCGGGAGUCAUGUGGCUCUACCUUAACUGGGACGUUCAGUUCCGCGAUUGGAAGAAGACGUGUCUGGCUGUUCUAAACUGGACCAUCAUCGGCUUGACUUUGUUUGCGAACGGUGUCGGUCUAUGGGCUUCCAUUGAGCAGCUUGUAGCUGCGUACCAUGAUCCUCUCGUUCCUGUCGAAGGCUCCUUCACAUGCGCUGACAAUAGCGUUUGGGGGUAG